CGCGAUCGUUUUGCGCUGUACUCUUUCUCUCUCACUUUCUCCGGCGAUGUGCUCGGCCGGAGCCGAUGCAAUCUCCUGCAGCAUUGAGUUCCGAUGCCUGGACGACGACGCCUGGUACAAUGUCGCCGUGAAACUCGAAGGCGAUGCUCUUCGAAUCAUGUACUGCGGGUUCGCGGUGGAGCACGACAAUGUCUUCAGCGCCAAUGAUUUCCGGAGCUUAUCGGACUUGAGCGACUUCGAAGCUAGGUUUCGGCCUCUGUCCAGGCAGUUGCAGGACUGUGAGUGCCGGAAGGUGGACCCUGGCAUGGCCGUCUGCGCUUCCUACUCCUCCCGAAUCGAUGAUGUUCGGUUCUACGACGCGCUUGUGGAAGGGGUGGAUUAUCUUGAACACUCUUAUGCAAAUGGAGAAGAAGAAUGCUUAUGCAACUUUAUCCUUUUCUGGCAGCAUGGUCCAAAACAUGGGAAUCUGACAAUUGCCAGUAUUGCUGACAUGUGUCAAAUUCAAGCUGGUAAAAUUAAUGACACAGUGUUACCAACCUUCUUCAAGAGAGUUAGGGAGAAAAUCCAAGCCAGAAUGAAUAAAGGUGAUUCUUGUCAGAAAGAUGACUGCAGUCCAAAUUUGAAGCCCAAGCUCUCCUUUUUUCAACGCAUGGACCAGGAAACACGACGUGCCAAGCGUUCUUGUGGUACAGUAGAACCAUGUAAAGAUCUACAGAUUCUCAGUCCCAGAAAAGGUGAGGCAAUCGAGCAAGAUACUGAUUUUGGUGGAAUGAAACAUCAGUACAUGAUUUUACUUGAGAAUCUAGAUAAAGGAUUGUCUCCGGUAAAACUAGCCAAAUUCUUACAUGGACAGACAUCCAUAUUACCUCGAGUAUACAUAUUCCCGACUUUAUCAGAUGAGUCGUAUGCAAGGGGAGCUGUUGUAUUGAAUUGCGGAAAGAACCUAGAUAGGUUGUGUGGUUUUUUGGAUAAUCCGCAUCAUGUCAUUGUAUCCUCCCAAGGAAGGCCCUUGGUUGUAACUGGGAAAGUGGCGAGGCUCGAUACUUUUGGAACAUUGGCAGGGGCCAUGGUGCUAGACAUUGAUAAUAAACUUUGUAACGAAAAUGAUGGCGGUGUUGGUGUCAGUGUGUGUAGCGAGCUGAAGGUAGUGAGUGUAGGAACAAUCGAUUAUUCGAUUGCGAAGCAAAGGAAGGAGUUGUUUAGGGAGUUUCUUAGCCAUCAGAGGAGAUUGCAUCAAAGAUUGGCCCUGGAGGAGAGCAAGAUAUAUUGCAGUGCUCCUUUGCAGUAUAAACUGUAAAUCAAUCAUAGGUUGAAAAGAAAUUAAAAGUUUUUACUUUGAGGCUGUAAAUUUUACAUUGUAAAUGUGGUGUAGGCUGUAGAAACCACUAACUUUCCAUCCUUGUAUAGGCCUUCCCCUAGGUCAUCUUUUGUGGGGUUGACUGUAUUUGCCUCAUGAAUUAGGUUAAUGAAUUUGACUCACUUCUAGUGUGGCGCACGCAAGUUGGUUCGGACACUCAUGGAUAUUAUAAAGAUAAAGAAAAAUUUGACUCA